AUGGCUCUCCUGAGCCGCGCACGCGCGCUGCCGCUCAUGGCGGUCGGUAUCUGUGCCUUUCCCGUAUUCGACGUGGACGAGGGCGAGCCGUUGGCAGUGAACCCGAAUCGCGGCACCGCCUUCAGCUCAGUGAGCAAGUUGGAUGAUACCCGGGUGAUUGAUUGCUUCACGGACUAUUUCAACAACGGUGGUGCAGGUACGUGCAAGAUCCUCAGUGUGGAGGACAUGGCGGUCACCGAGGAGGCUACCGUAGUCUUCAAUGCAAACCAUACCCAGUACAUCAACGUGGCAGCUUUCUCCUCUACGGCUGCAGUAGUGUGCUACUUGGACCACGUCGGCACGGAGCACCUCACAUGCAGAUUCCUGGACGUCAGCAGCAACAGCAUCAAUCCCAGCGAGCCCUAUACUGUGGAUGACGUCGCGGUGGAGGUGUCGUUCUUGAGCAUCGCGAGCCUCACGCAAGAUGUCGGCGUCGUGUGCUGGUCUAAGCCGCUCGACUCGGCGAAGGACAGAGCCGGCGUCUGCAACAAGCUGACCAUGGGGGAGGGAGGAGUGAUCACCGUCGGAAACCUCGUGUACUUCGACCAAGACUUCUCCACCUCAGACGUGACAGUAGAGGCCUUCUCCGAGACAAGCGCGGUGGUCUGCUGGAGCGCGCAGGGCGACGGCGACUGCAGGACGCUGACCCUCUCCGACUCUGGCUCUCAGGACUCGAAGCAGAAACAAUUACAUAAAUGUAGAAUUUCGGCGUUCCGCGCUGAUUCUUCGAUUGGCGCUGGGCCCCCUGGGCGACGCCUCUGGCUCCGCCCCCGGCGCGCUCUGCGCGCCAGGGAGGGGGGUCAGCGCUGA